CGAAAUUUUUCUGCAAGAAUUUAAAGCCUGCGGGAAAUAAUUUUAUUAAAAAUUAUAACACAAUUUGCAAUUUUUUCUUAAAUAACCAUUUUCAAGUGGUUAAAAGUUUGCGCGCAAAAAAAGCAUGUUUUUUUUUAAUAAGGUGCUUAUGCGUUGAAACCAUAUAUUAGUUGUUUAAAAAAGAUUUUGCAAGUUAUUUUUCAUUUCAGUUAUUUUCCUAUAAGAAACUUAAAACUGUACAGAUAGUUCCACUUGUGGUGCGCAAAAACGAAACACGCAAAAUCAGCAUACGCGUAUUAACCAUCAACGCGAAUUUCACCGUGCGUGCGGUAGACGAAAAAAUACCCAUCCGGAUAACUAACGUACAUCUGCUACGAUCGAGUGCUUAUCAAAAAGAAAUAUGGCGCUUUUUACAGUUGAAACAUGUGUAAAGAACUGACGUCAAAUAAGAAAACAAACAUCUCGUGAAGUGGAAAAACUUUUUAUAAUUAUUUCUAUUUUUGAGUCGUUUAUUCUCACAUCGUAUAAGCUUGUAAUGAUGAAAUGUUGACAUGUUAUUUGUCUGAAAGUCAUUCUUCUCCAUAAACAUUCUUGUGUGUAUAAGCCAUGGCAAAAAUAAACAAAUCAUAUUUGGUUCAUCAUUAUUUUAAUAACGGUAUUGACAGUACAGUAUAAUGUGCCAACUUUGGUAGAGCUUCCUAUGUUUAUUACCAUAUAAAAGCGCGAUUCAAAAGUUGACAAACGUAAAUUUUUUGCGCGCGUGUAUUAAGAAUAGGUUGACUAACUCAAGAACGUGUAAUUUAGUUCACAUAUUAGUAAGUAUUAAAGUGGAAAAUCUGUUGAGUAGUUAUUGCACUUUAAAAAUGUCGGUCUCACAAAAGCAUCUAGUUGGCGAAACAAUGUCAAUAAUGUUGUUAAAAGCUGACUUAACCCUCGUCAGGAAUAAAUGAAAAUCACAACACAAUAGCGUGUUAAAAGCUUCCCUUUGUUCUCUUCUUGUGUCAAUAGAAAGGAGACAAACUGUUCUUCUAGCGUUCGGCAGUUGAUCUUUCGUGUUUACUUUACGGUAAUGUACUUGGCGAGCGUAAUGUAAAAAUAAAUUCUUCUGCAUUGCAUGCUGGGAUUAAAUCGACUGAAAUAAAACGCAACUAGCUAUAUUUAGAAUCUCAUUUUUGAUUGGACAUCAUAAGUACGAGUCAUAUCGAAAAUGGCAGGAAACUUCUCCGAAGUAUUACACUACUAUCCAGCUUCAUAUGGACUUAAUCACCCCAACACAUCUGGUGCAGCGAGUCAAUAUUUAUGCGAAAUGGAAGAUGAAGAUGAUGUAAAAAGGCCGAUGAAUUCGUUUUUGUUGUGGGCAAAAAUUAUGAGGAGGAAAUACGCAAGUGAAAAUCCUCAUUUGCAUAAUGCUGAAAUCAGUAAGUUGCUUGGAAAGACUUGGAAUUCAAUGAGCACGUUCGACAAACGUCCGUAUGUCGAACGAGCUGAGAAGCUAAGAGUCGUCCACAUGCGUACAUAUCCGAAUUAUAGAUACGCUCCAAAGAAAAGAAGAGAUAAAAAAUGUCACCGAACUAUCUCACCAGAAGUGGCUGCUGCACUACACAGUUCAUUUUUUGAUGUGAAAAAUAUACUAUCUGGACAGUUAAGCCAAGCGCAUCCUUUUGCAGGCGAUUUGAAAAGCUUUGGUUAUUUGAGAAACGCUUGUGAAAAUACAAAGAAUCCCGACGACGCAGUUUAUCCGUUCAAUGAACAAGAGGAGACCGAAAAAGAGUGCACACAAGCCACUCAAUACUUCAUGAAAAAAGAUUUGCGGAGAAACUCAACCAACAAAACACUGGAAAGCGCUAUGACGUCACAACAUAUUUACCAAGGAAAAACAGAACAGCGAAAAAACAUUGAGCGUAUGACCUUCCAUUAUUAUCCAGUCUCGAAUAGUCACGAAUCAGUUGAUUUUUAUAAAACAAUCGAGACAAAUUUUCAGACAACACCACCAAAUGAGCAGGACGCUCCUUUACCGCAGAACUUUAGGUUUUUAGAAGACGAGUUAGCCAUGCUGACCAACAUGAAUAGUAACGACUCAAAUACGAACACUCUAGAAGCAUUUUCAGAAGACGCAAUAGAACUUCAGUACUCUCCACCAUUGUGUGCUAAAGACGAUUAUUCAAAGCAUACUUUGGACGAAGAGCUUCCUGAAUUUCUUCAACAAUUAAUUGACAGUCCUCUUCAUUUGUCAUGUGACGAAGCGAGGGAUACAUCAACGUUAUGGGCAGAUAUAGCGGACGUCAUAGGUAGUGGAGAUGAAUCAGUAACAUGCUCAUAGCACUUAAUAAAUUUUUUUUGAACGGAAUAUUUUUUUAUCAAUAAACUUACUGACAAUGCAUAACUUUUUCCUUCCACUAAUUAAAAAUUGUUAGCGUUAUGAUUGGUUGUACACUAUCACACUCCAAUGAAUAGCCUCUAAUGGUUAAAAGCCCAUGGUUUAAUUCUCCUAAGAUUACAAUGAUAAAUUGUUUUCGAAUAGUUACAGGACCAUCAUCGUUAUCAGGGUGCCAUUAAGUUUAUCCAAAGCAAAAUUUUUUGAGAACACUGGAAAAAUCUU